UCACACUCCUAAAUCAGACAUCACACUCCUAAAUCAGACAUCACACUCCUAAAUCAGACAUCACGCUCCUAGAUCAGACAUCUCACUCCUAAAUCAGACAUCACGCUCCUAGAACAGACAACACACUCCUAAAUCAGACAUCACGCUCCUAGAUCAGACAUCUCACUCCUAAAUCAGACAUCACGCUCCUAGAACAGACAACACACUCCUAAAUCAGACAUCACGCUCCUAGAACAGACAUCACACUCCUAAAUCAGACAUCACACUCCUAAAUCAAACAUCACGCUCCUAAAUCAGACAUCACACUCCUAAAUCAGACAACACACUCCUAAAUCAGACAUCACACUCCUAAAUCAGACAUCACACUCCUAGAACAGACAUCACACUCCUAAAUCAGAGGUAUGCUCCUGGAUCAGACGACGAGGUCCUGAGUCAGAUAUUACGCCACUGGAUAAAACCAAAAGGCCCUGGAUCAACCAGGUGUACUGCCAUACUUUGCUAUCAUAAUUUCUAAUUAUGCUGACAGUACUAUCUCUUAUAUACAAAGUUAUAAUAUCACAAUACUUGCUUUUUUGUGAUAUAUAGAAAUUCUGUUUUCUCUGAUGAUAAUCUCUUUCCAAUUCACAAUUUUAAAUGUUUAAAUUUCAUUAACAUCUUUAAAAAUAUUCAAUAAGAAUAGAGAGAGUUUCUUUUAGAGAUCAACAGCACUGUAUUUGUUGACAUAGUGAUUUAAAGAAUUUUCUUUUUAAUUCCUCUGUGUACUAGAUAGUACGCUAAUGUAAUGGUGGGUACUCUUUUCGUACCAAAUUGACGUGCUUCACUCUACUUUUGUAAGUUGAUCCGUAUGCACGUAUUGUACAUGACUUGCUUGACCAAUGGUCAUCAGUAAUGACCAGAACGCAUUCGCGCUAUUCGUACGUGAUAGUUGCUGUUUUCUCAUGAGAGAUGAAAGUAUGUGGAACUGACUACCGGAAGUGUCUAUGGUACAUGCUCGCGGUAAUCCUUGUGUCUUUCAUGAUACUGGCCUAUUUCUUAGAGACGUAUCACGUUAUGUUCUGGAAAACCAGCCCAACAUGCGGGGUUGAUGGUCAGCCAUUUUAUUUCGGCAGUACAGACGUAGCCUGCAUGAGACUAAUAAGAACCCGCCACAAGAGGUCGCUCGAUUCACCCUCGUUUCCAAACCGGAAGUUCUGGUCACUUAAUCAUAGAUGGAUUUACUAUAAUGGCUGGUACUUUGAACUGUUCUACAGACCUCACACCCGACGAGCGGCAAAGGCUGAAAGUUGUGCAAUUCGACGAGAGCCCCAUCCUGCUGGUUACACAAUGCUGGAUGCUAACUGCGUGCGCAGAUGUGCUAUUUACUAUAACGAACGCUUUGUGAAGCGUUACAGCGCCCUCACACAGAACUGUCAUCAUUAUGGUAACAAGCUUGCCGAGGUCAUGUGUACCUACUCUUCUUGCCCGGACUGGUGCCUAAACGUGAAUCUCACUAUUUCCCCACGGUGAGAGAGAGAGAGAGAGAGAGAGAGAGAGAGAGAGAGAGAGAGAGAGAGAGAGAGAGAAUCUCGUAUUUCCGGUUUACGAGGCGCGAUGUACCAUUUACUUUUGAUUGGAACGAUUUGCUCUGGCACCCACCUUAAAAUUCCCCAAGGUUAUUUAAGUGACUAACAGUUGUGUGAAUUGAUGGUCAAGAGGAAUGCGAUCGUAUAUCAAUCCUGUGGUAGUGUGUUCGAAUCUCAUCAAAUUCCAGUUUCAAAACACUUUCUUUUGCUCUUAAUCAGGUACCCUAUUAUGAAUUCAAUUGUGUCGAUUCUUCAAAAUGAAUUCUUUUCAUAAUUGGAAAAUAUGUGCCGUAUAUGUUCACGUAUUAAGUGUCACAUGACUCUUUCUUGCAUACCGUCACAUUCACGAACCAUUUCAGUAGAGUAUUUCUAUUUGACAUUAUGAUAUUGUAUGGUUUUAGGGCAGUUAUCCUUAAUAGGAUCUGUUCUUAUUUCUUGCUUAGUUACCUUUCGUGGUGCCCUAUGUACAACUGAUUUUUACCAUAUGACCACGAACUGACUCGUGUUCGAAUUUUCAACAAUUCAAACCUUUGAUUUUAUUUAACGCCUUUACAGUUUUCGUAGCUCGACUCCUGAGGUCCCAGUUAGAGUAUUGUAAUUGAGUAUUCCGUGCUGGACUCCAGCAGAUGUCGAUGCAUUGAGUGAUACACUGUUCCUCACGGGAAUCAGUGGAAUGUUUUAAAAUCUACAUUCUAAUUGCAAAUUUAUAAGGUGAAUAUAUUAAAACAUGGAAUUUACGUUUCUUCAAUUUCUAAAGAAGUAAAAUAAAGCUAAUUCCGCAUACAUUUUUAACUUUUAACGCCCUCGGUCAGCUGCUGCUAAAGUUUGAUGCUGAAUUGAAGUUUGCAGAGCUUGAUUUAUAGGGGACUACAUUUUUGGCGAAAGAAACGGCGUAGUGAAUUUCACCUUUUUCCAAUGUCUUGAAUAAAUCAAAAGGAGAAAUUUUUGUGUUCAACACAUUAAAUCACAAAAGAAAAUAUUUUUCUAAUUUUUGAUUCAUUAUAUAGGAGGAGUCUUCAUUAGUAGAAGUACAUUGUAAUUAAAGAAUAGACACAAGAGGAAAAAAUCUGAACGUUUACAUUGCAAUAAAAUAUGGAUCUGUCGAAAGAUCUAUAUUGUGUCUGGAAAGAAAAUCAGGAAAAUUGCAAAGAAUUUUUUUUUAUCAAAAUAGGAAAUGCAGCUUGUAUUUAUUUACUUGAAAUAAAUAUCUGUAUGUACAUG